AUGGUGUAUAAUAAAUUAAAUGAUUCACAACAACAACAACAAGAUGAUAAACAAAAAGAAAAAGCAACUGAAAUAUAUAAUCAAGGAGUUGAAUUUAGAUUGGAAAAGAAAGAUCUAAGUAAGGCAUUUGAUGCAUUUAACAAAUCAGCAAAGUUGGGUCAUGUAAAGUCACAAACUAUCAUUGGUAGAUAUUAUAUGGGUAAAUUCAACGUUGAACGUGGCGUUGAAUCAUAUGAUCGAACACAAAUAGACAAGUUUAUAACUAAAAGAGGUAGCAUUGAAAAAGCAGUGAAAUGGUUGACAAGAGCUAGAAUGCAAGGUGAUGCAGAUGCAAUGGUAUCACUUGCAAGACUACAUCUCAAAGGUGCAUCUAGAGCAAUAGCUCUUAAAAAGUUUAUACCGGCACCAGAGACUGCUCGUGUAUGGCUACUCAAAGCAGCGGAACUCGGUCAUCCACAGGCAAUGUAUUAUUUGGCUAGAUACGCAUACCACGGUAUAGAAGGUGUAAAUGUAGAUGUACAUCAUUUAAACCGAUACAAAAUACCAACAAACAACAAUGCCAAUCAAGGUCAAGUCUUUGAAUUGUUACAAUCAAGUUCUCAACUUGGUAAUAGAAAAGCUACCUAUUACUAUGGUGUCAUGUGUAAGAGCAGAGGUAUGCCAAAUGAAGCACUUGAAAGUUUUGUAUUGGCAUCGGCUGCUGGAAUAGACAUUGCAACCAUCGCACUUGCCAACUGUCAUUUUACAGGUUACGCAGGACUACCCGUAGACAUUGACCGUGCAAUAGGUAUACUUGGACAGUGUAAAGGUAUUGUCUAUGGUUUGCUUCCAUUCAACCUAUUAAGAAUGCGACAAUUGUCUAAUCAAUCCAACCCAAACAUCAAGGAUCCUGAACAACAACUACAAAGGGAUACCAAGACACUUGAAUUCUUGCGUCAAGGAACUAGAAUAACUUCGUUUGCUUAUUUUGGUUGUAAACGGUCUGUUCUUAAUGAACACUUGGUGUUGGAUAGAAUGUCGGUUCUUCUCAAUGACAAGUUAAACUAUUACUCUCAGAGUAAGAUGGCUAGCUAUAAUAACACAUCAAAUCCCGAGUACAUAUUUCUUCACUUUCCUUUACUUGCCAUGUGCUAUGUACAUGGGUACGGAGGUGUUGAAAAAGAUUUGGAUCAAGCAUUACAGUAUUUUCAACCAACUCAUAUUUCCGGUAUACCAAACCAGUAUCUAUGUGAAAUUGCCAAGACCUAUCUUCAAAAGAAUGACCCCCACUCUCGAGAAAAGGCAAUAGAAGUACUUGAAAAGGCAGUGUCUUGUCAAAUAUCUGAAGCAAGUUAUUUGAUGGGUUUGUCUGUCAUUAUGACCAACAACAGCUCAUUAUACACUUCAGAGUUACAUAGACAUUUGACCACGGCAGAUGAGUUGGGUCAUCCAUUGGCAUAUCGUUUAAUCUUCAAUCCAAAGGAUACACCAACAAAUGUUGCAUUUGAAUUUAUCCGCGUCAGAGCCGAACAAGGUAAUCGAUCUUCAUUUGCACAGGUUGAUCUCGGUCUAUGUUAUCGUGAUGGUUUGGGUGUAGAACGUAACCUUGAAAUGGCCGAGAAAUGGUUCACUCAAUCUGUACAACAAGCAAAUAAUCAAGCAAGAUAUUUAUUGGCAAAAUUAUUACUUGACCGAAAUAACAACAACAACAACACCAACAAUCAUGAUGAAAUGAUGAAUAGAAUCAAGAAAUUAUUAGAAGAAAGUUCAAAUCAUUAUUUAUUUUCAAAUUUCGAAUUGGCAAAGUUGGAAAAGGAUAAAGAUAGAAAAAUGAUAUUAUUUAAAUCAGUUUACAAACAAUGUAAUUUUAUCGAUCCUUUUGAUACACUCUAUACCUAUGGAACUAGGAAUAUGUUUGUAGAUCAAGCACCGAUUGUAAUGGCAGAAUGUGCCAUGGCAAUUGCAAUGUUGUAUCAGUCGGUUCACAAUGAUGCCGAGGCGUUGGUUUGGUUUCGUCGUGCCAAAGGUAUCACUGGCGGUGAGAGAGAGUACCAGAUUGCACACUACCACGGUCUCUUGCGAAAUGAAGCCAAACAAGUUAAAUGGUUAACCAAGUCAAUUGUAGUCAACCCACAUCACAAACAAUCAAGAUUCAAACUUGCAAUGAUUCGAUACGAACAAUCAAAAAGACCAAAUUUGAUGGACAUCUCUACCGAUCAAGAUGUAUUUGAAUUGUUGGUAAAAUCUGCAGAUGAUGGAUUUGCAGAAGCACAAUUUCUAGUUGCCAAGUUUAUUCUCGAUAGAGCAUACGUUGUUAAUAUCAACAAAUUGGAUCAAAAGAAACAAGCAAUUGAUUAUGCUCUUGGUGCAUCUGAUCAAUUUCCAGAAGCAUAUUUACUUAUUGCUAAAAUGUAUUAUAGUGGUAUGGGAGGUGCCGAACAAGACUUUGUUAAAGCAUUUGAAUGGUACAUCAUGUCGGCCGAUCGGAAUAAUGAUGGAGAAUCCUAUUUUAUGCUUGGAGAAUAUUAUAGACAAGGAAUAGAGGGUGCUACUAAAAUAGAUGUUAAAAGAGCACGAGAUAAUUAUGAAAAGGCAUCAAACAAACAAUAUACUUUGGCCAACUAUCAAUUGGCUGUGAUGUAUAAAUAUGGGUAUGGUGGAGUAAUAGACACAAAAAAGGCAAUCGAUCUACUUGAACAGCUGCUGCAACAACAACAGUCUUUGUUGAAUCUACACCCAUUGGCCAAUUAUGAAUUGGGCCAUGCAUUAUUAUACGAAUCAUGUAAUGAUAGUAAUGAUAUUGGUUUAUCCACUUUUGAAAGAGCAAUAGAACUAAUCAACAAGGCCAACAUUGCUUUAGAAUCAGUCGAUAUCAAAUACAUUGAUUCAAAAUACUUUAAAUUUGGUAGAAUGAAAAAACAAGAAAAUGAUUUGGUCAAGGCCAUACAACUGUAUCAAGAACCUGCAAAAAAGGGUCAUGAUCAUUUAGACUCUUUAUUGGAUCUUGGAGAGAUUCAUCAUCGAUUGGGAAACAUUCAAGAGGCGUUGGAUUGUUUCGAGCGUGCUUUUACAGUUCAUCAAUCAAAAGUGGCAAGCUUUGGUAUUUAUAAAAUUAAAAAGGAAAAUGUCAAUCGACAAGACGAAGCGUUUGAAUGGUUACUCAAAACUGCUCAUCUUGGAGACACUGAUGCAAUGCUGCUAGUUGGUGAAUACUAUGACACUGUACUAGUCGAUCCCAAUCAAGCAAUGGAUUGGUACAAAAAAGCUUCGGAUCAAGAUAAUGGUCGAGCAUGUAAUCAAAUUGCAUUGAAAUAUCAUAAUGGUACGGGAGUUGUUAAACAAAACAGAGAUAUUGCAUUCCAAUUCCUUACUAGAGCAAUUGAUCAAUGUGGAGAAUAUUCACAGGCAACUUUGGUUGGUGAAUACUAUCAACAUGGAUUUGGAAAUGAUAGUAUCAUUAAUCCAACAGCAUCCCUAAAAUAUUUUAAAAAAUCAUAUAAAAUGAAUCAAGAUAAAGAAGCUCUUUAUCGUGCUGCAAUGUUACUAAAGAGUGGUGGACAAGAUGGUAUUAAAAUCGAUUUGGAGCAAGCAUAUACCUAUUUUCAAGAGGUUUCUGAUCUUCCACAAUCCAUGUAUGAAAUUGGUAUGGCUCUAUUCCAUGGUCAUGGUACCAAACAAAGUUAUCAACUUGCAAAAGAAUGGCUUCAAGAAGCUCUUGAAAAUGGUAUAGAAAAAUCAUCCAAUCCUCUUCAAAUAAUUCAACAACUACAACAACAACAAAAUAAUCAAAAUAAUCAAGUAAAAUUAGAAAAAGAAAAGAGUAGUUUAAAAGAUGAUUUUGAAAAUGCAAGAAAUCACUUUUGGGAAUGUAAAACUAGUAAAUGUACUAUUGAUCAUUUAGAUAAUAUUAAAAAAUCGGCAAAUCAAGGUCACCCAGAAUCCAACAAAUUUUUGGGUGAUAUUUACAAGUUUGGUUUGGAGAAAACACCGAUUGACGUUGAAAAGGCAAAGAAAUAUUAUCAAGAAGCUGCAUUGGGUGGUUUUGCAGACGGAAUGUUUAUGUUGGCCAUGGUCAUCUUGGAAAUGGGUCGAGACGAUGCACCACCAAGCAUGGCAAUCAAUUGGAUUGAAAAAGCAAUGGAAAAAAACCAUCCAGAGGCUUUGGUAUGGAUUGCUGAAUGUCAUCGAUGUGGUUCGUAUGGAUUCCAACAAGACCUCUCCAAAACAGUAGCAUUGUAUGAAAAGGCUUCAAGGAUUAGUAUAUGUCCUCAAGCCGAUUUGGCUUUAUUUUAUUUAUAUGUCGAUGGAAUUGGUUGUCAAAGUGAUGAAUACAUGGCUUUCCAAUCACUCAAAAAGAAUGAAACCUAUCAAUCGGAUCUUGGAUUGAUCGAACUUGGUAAUUGUUAUUUUGACGGUAUUGGAACUAUUACAAAUGACACUGAAGCCAUGCGACUCUACCAAAACGUUAUUAACAAACAAGAUACCACCAAUAUUAAUAUUGGUGUUGGUAGUCAAAUGGGAGUUGCUCAUGCCUACAAUCAAAUUGGUCGAGUAUAUUAUUUUGGAUCCCCCAACUACCCUAAAGAUUAUGCAAAGGCAAAACAAUAUUUUGAAAAGGCUCAACUACUUGGUUAUGAUUCAAACCUUGUACAAGAGAAUAUUAAAAAUGCUAAAGACAAGGAAAACCAACAACAACCAAAAUAUCAACAACAACAAAAGAUAUUUGAAUUUUUUGAUGAUUUCUUUCAACCAAGUAAUAAUAUUAAUAGAAAUAAUAAUAAUAAUAAUCAUCGUAAUAAUAAUAAUACAACCUACACCUUUUUCAAUGAUUAUCCAAAUAUUCGAACCUUUAAUAUCAACAAGGAUGAUUUUUCAAAUUUUUUCAAACAACAAACAAAUAAUAAUAAUAGCAAUAGAAAUAAUAAUAAUAAUAAUAAUCAUCGUCAAAAUGCUUCUCCAAAUAUCAAUGAUGUAUUUGCUACUUUCUUUUCAACAACUACAACCUCUACAACAACUACAACAAAUAAUCGUAAUAAUAACAAUAACCAUCACAACACCAAUGAUUUUUUUGAUGCCCUACAUGAACAAUUAAAUCUUGGUAACAAAAAUAGAAAUAAUAACAGUAAUAGUAAAAAGAAAUAA